AGCUGGUGAGGCGAGCGCACGCGGCGCGCAGUGGAGGUCUGGCUGGAGGAGCCAUGGAGCCCGGGGAAGGCGGCAGUGAGCCUCUCUUCGGCCCUGGAGCCCUUAAGGAGCACGAUGAAGCAAGUGAUGAUCUGACGGAUAGUGAGGACAGUAUUUUCUCUGGGCUGGAGGAGUCAGGGAGUGACAGCAUCACAGACGAGGAGGAGGAGGAUGACAGCAGAGUCAAGGAGAAACCAGAAAGCCUUUUGCAACCUGGAAAGUCCGUGGAGGAGGAAAUUCAGUCAUGUGAUAAGGAGGGGGAGUCGGCAAUAGACCAAGAACCACCCUUGGGAAACGAGUAUGAGGAAGACAGCUCUGAUGAAGAGGAUAUCCGCAACACAGUGGGCAACAUUCCCAUGGAGUGGUAUGAGGAGUUCCCACACAUUGGCUACAACUUGGACGGCCGGAAAAUCUUCAAGCCCAUUCGCACCAAGGAUGAGCUGGACAAGUUCUUGGACAAGAUGGAAAACCCAGACUACUGGCGAACUGUCCAGGACAAGAAGACAGGGGUGGAUAUCAAGCUGACGGAUGAGCAGGUGGAGCUGGUGAACCGACUCCAGAGGGGCCAGUUUGGAGAUGUGAACUUCAACCCUUACGAGCCUGUCGUAGACUUCUUCAGCAGCCAGGUGAUGAUCCACCCAGUGACCAACCGGCCGGCUGACAAGCGCAGCUUCAUUCCAUCCCUCAUUGAGAAGGAGAAGGUCUCCAGGAUGGUCCACGCCAUCAAGAUGGGCUGGAUCAAGCCGCGCAAGCCCAAAGAGGAGACGCCCAGCUUCUACGACCUGUGGGCUCACGAGGACCCCAACUCCAUCCUGGGGCGGCACAAGAUGCACGUGCCUGCCCCCAAGCUCCCUCUGCCGGGCCAUGAGGAAUCCUACAACCCGCCCCCGGAGUACCUCCCCACAGAGGAAGAGAAGCUGGCCUGGGAGCAGCAGGAGCCGUCUGAGCGCAAACGGAACUUCGUGCCCCAGCGCUUCGAUUGCCUGCGCCGGGUCCCUGCUUACUCCCGUUUCAUCCACGAGCGGUUUGAGCGCUGCCUGGACCUCUACUUGUGCCCUCGACAAAGGAAAAUGCGGGUCAACGUGGAUCCCGAGGAUUUGAUCCCGAAACUCCCCAAGCCACAGGAUCUCCAGCCCUUCCCCACUGUGCAGUCCUUGGUCUAUCGUGGCCACACCGGCCCCGUGCGCUGCCUCAGUGUCUCCCCCAGUGGACAGUGGCUGGCAUCAGGGUCCGAUGACGGCACAGUGAAAUUCUGGGAGAUCUGCACGGCCCGUUGCCUGAAGACCCUCCCGGUGCAGGGCGUAGUGAAGAGCAUCGCUUGGAAUCCCAACCCCACUCUCUGCCUUGUGGGCAUCGCCGUGGAACAGUCAGUGGUGCUGGUGAAUCCCGGCCUGGGAGACAAGCUGCUCUGUGGGGCCACCGACCAGCUGCUGGAGGCCUUCGUGCCCCCAGAGGAGGAGCAAGCCCAGCCUGUCACGUGGGAGGAAGCGGCCGGGGAGCAGCACAGCCGGGGAGAGCGGCUCAUCAUCAGGCAUGGGAAGCCCCUGAAGCAGGUGACGUGGCACCGGAAAGGGGACUACUUUGCCACCGUGGUCUCUGACAGCAGCCACCUGCAGGUGCUGAUCCACCAGGCGAGCAAGCGCAGGAGUCAGGCUCCCUUCCGCCGGAGCAAGGGUCAGGUGCAGCGGGUCCUCUUCCACCCCCUGCGGCCCUUCUUCUUCGUGGCCACCCAGCGCUUCGUGCGGGUCUACAACCUCCUCAAGCAGGAGCUCACCAAGAAGCUCCUCUCCAACUGCAAGUGGAUCUCCAGCCUGGCUGUCCACCCCGCAGGUGACAACCUGAUCUGCGGCAGCUACGACAGCAGACUUGUCUGGUUUGACCUGGACCUGUCCACGAAGCCCUACCGUGUGUUGCGGCACCACAAGGCAGCGUUGAGGGCUGUGGCCUUCCAUCCCCACUACCCGCUCUUUGCCUCUGGUUCGGACGACGGCAGCGUCAUCGUUUGCCACGGCAUGGUCUACAACGACCUGCUCCAGAACCCGCUCAUCGUGCCCGUGAAGGUGCUGAAGGGCCACGCCCUGGCUCACGACCUGGGCGUCCUCGACGUGGCUUUCCACCCCAGCCAGCCCUGGCUCUUCUCUGCCGGCGCAGACGCCACUGUCCGCCUCUUCACGUAGCGACAGACAGGUCUCCUCUGGAAGAGCCUCUCUCGCCGGUAGCGGGGGCCGCUGGGACUUUUGCGCCUCCGGACAUGCCGACUGCACUCAAAAGGUCUUUGUGGCCUUUUCUGGAGGGAAACAGAACUUGGAAGCCUCUUUCUGAGAAUUAAAGGGUCCAAACCCA